UACGGAUUUACCUUUUCACGCAUCAAAAGUGAAAGUUAGAGCCAAAGAAAAUGAAGCAAGCCGUAAGAGUUCUACUGAGCGUAUUUGUGGCAUUUAGCUGCCUUCUAUUGGGUACAGAGGGACAUGGAAGGAUGAUGAGUCCAGUGGGUAGAUCAUCGCGUUGGCGUUACGAUAGCUCGGCACCAACAAAUUAUGAUGACACUGGCCUAUAUUGUGGAGGAUUUUGGAAACAAACUGAGAAUGGUGGCCUUUGUGGUCUUUGCGGCGAUGACUGGAGUCUAGAACAGCCGCGACCAAAUGAAUUGGGUGGAAAGUACGGAGCAGGAGUCAUUGUUGAAAGUUAUAUAGCCACAACGACGGCUGAGAUUGUUGUCGAGGUCACUGCCAAUCAUUUGGGCAACUUCCAGUUUCAUCUAUGUGAUCUAGAUGAGUUUGGCAGUGAAUCGGACGAUUGCUUCAACAAAUAUCCAUUGAAAUUCGCCGAUGGCAGCCUUAAGCAGGACAUAAAUACCACCAUGGGUACAAUAAAGUCCACUGUCGACCUUCCCAGCGGUGUACAGUGUGAGCAUUGUGUUAUGCGUUGGACCUACACAGCCGGCAACAAUUGGGGUGUCUGUGAGGAUGGUACCGGUGCCAUGGGUUGUGGUGAUCAGGAGACAUUUGUGAAUUGUGCGGACAUAAGUAUACUGAGCUCAGUCAAAAGUUUACUUUACAAACCAUUACAGACAGUCGAGGUGCCGGUGAAGGAGGUGAUCGUGGAGGAGGUGGCCGUGGAGGUGCCAUUAGAGGUUAAUGAGACAGAGACUUCAUAGGGAGUUUAACUCUUUUACCUGACUAA